AUGACUUUCAUCAGGUCCUGGCACUUUAGAGACUUUCUGCGCACUGAGUCAGUUCUUGACAGUCUUUGUUACGCAGCAACAACUCAUUGCCUUUGGCUCAGCUUAGAGCUGUGUAUCCGAUCCCCAGUGCCUCAAGGCAUUUUGACGAUGCUGUCCAAAUUAUCAAGACCACUUUCUCACUGUGUGGGUCGAGCUCCCGUGCGCGCCGCAGUCGGGACUUUGCCAUUCCGAAACUGCCAGGCUCUUCAACACCGCUGGAAGACGGGCAGCAUUUCAGCUCCUUUGGCAGAGCCACCUUUCCCAACAGUGGUUGCUUACAACCAAUCCAAGCAUGCUACCAACUCCGUGCUCGCGGAUAUCCGCGCCGUUUGGGGAAGCAGAGUGCGAGUGAUUCAGACUCUCGAGGAGGGUAACCAACGUCUUCCCGGAAUGGAUGCAGCGCUUUACGUGAAGCCUAAAUCCUGGGGAGAUUUGGGUCACUUCAAAGAGCGCCUUGAAUUCCUUUGCACACAGGACCAUGAGUUUGCCCGACAUCGUGCAGCCAAGCAGGUGGUGUUUAUGCCUGGCUGGUCGGCUUUUGCCGAAUCAGCAGAAGCAGCUGUGGGAGUUGAAGCUCUUGGUUUGGUUUGGCCGGGUACAGAGCCCGUAGCCUCACAGACCCUUGAAAAGAUCGGUUUCAAGCGUAUUUGUGAAGACGUGGGAGCUCCGACUCCGCCUUUCACGGUGCUCUCCGAGGAGGAUGCCCCGAAAGUUGAUCUCACUGAUCCAGUGGCCAAGGAGGCUUGCGUGAAAGAGUUUAUUGACAAAGUCCUGGCCAUGAACUUCCAUGAGAAGGGCUUGAUCAAGUCUAUCCAUGGAGGAGGUGGAAAGGGAACCGCCCAUCUUCAUCAUCCUGAUAAUGAAGAGGAGGUGCGAAGAGCCGUCGAGAAGGUGAUCACUGAGAUGAAUCGAACUGAUGGCAUCUACUUUGAACAGCGAGUUAAUACCAAAGGCGACGGGCGCUUUUUCCAGAUCGAGCUUGAGGUGGAUGGUGCUACAGUCGCUGAUGGUGGCCGUUUUGUGUGGUUCAAUUCCGCCUUGCAGAAGGUUGUAGAGAUCGGACUGAAUGACGAGAAGAUCACAAUGUUCAUGCCUGAAGAACUCUACAAGAAAUCACGCAAAUGGGCUGGAGACAUUGCCAAGAAGGGAAACAACAACACAAGGGCGACAAUGGAAGCCUUGGUCUUCAAGAACGAGAAAGGUGAAUUUGAGUGUACCUUCAUUGAGUGCAACCGUCGUCCGCAAGUGGAAAAUGAAGCAUUGGCCUUGUUGCAACGUGAUGACAAGGGGAAUCGUCGAUACACCUUUGCUGAGCUCAUGAUGCGUGCCAAGGGAUAUCCCGCACCUCAGUUUGAACCAGCCACAGAUGCCAACGUGGUGCUUCAUGCGCGCUGGCUGCAUGGCAAUCCUGACAGCCACGGGAAGAUUACUUACCAGGCUGGCAACAUCUUGGGUAUGAACGGUCCCAGGCUGGACUACAUCAAGUCAGAGCUCAUGGCCCCUGGAGAGAUUUCUUUCACAUCUGACCCUCAGCUCGGAAAGGCGGUCAUCACUGCGGACUCUUGGGAAGAAAUGUGUGACAACGCAGCUGAAUACUUCAGGUUGCGCACGCCAGCAGUGAUGGGAGCAGCAUCAACCUAUGCGCAGACGAUGUACAAUCUCUUCACCAGUCCCAAGUUUCGUGCUGGUCAAACUGCUUCCAAUGAGACCUUUGCACACAUCGCUAUCCCAGAUCAUCCUUCACGCAGUGUUCUUACCGUCCUGAAGGAGCAAGUAGCUCCUGUGAUUGUGAACGGAUACCGCAAAGGGGAGGGCAUCGAUCCAGACCGUUAUCCUACGAAGAGUGUUUGUGCUGGUAUUGAAGAGCUCCAAGACAAGCUUGCGACGUCUGCGCCUGACGCCACAACCUUCACAGCCUUUGCCCGUGGAGAGGCAACCUACGAGCAGUAUAUCGACGAUCUGAAGGCACAGCUUGACAAGCAGGGUGGUGGCUGGGUGACUGUGGCUCCACGUGACACCUGUCAGCAGGGCAACGACUCGGAGAGUGCUGCCGUUUCGAACAUCUCCCGCAUCAAUGCUGAAUUUUGGGCGCAAAAAGCUGGUUGCGUCGGCUAUGAGACAGGUGGAGCGCAGUACCAAGCAGGACUGAUUCGUGGCUUUGAUCCUGCCACCAUCUUGCGAAUUGGUUUGCCCUACAACAUGCCAGCCCAUUCUUUGCAGCGAUCGCAGUACGUGAACGGUCUUGCUGAACUGUCUCCUGAGAUUCGACGACCACUCUUUGAGGCGACUGCCGAGAUUGUGGGACAGCACUACCGAGGCGCAAAACCCACCAGCUGGGUUCCUUGGCACCCGUACAAUUUCCACGCUGGAAAUUUCUUUGAUGCCAAGACUGGCUACUGCCCUCAGGAUGAAACAACCUUGGAGUUGCUGGAUGCAAAGUGCUUGCCCAUGCCAAACUGGGUCUUCUCUCCAAAGUUCCCGAUCGAGGCUUUGAAGAAGUGGACUGAGCGCCAAAUCGACCUCUUUGCCAAGAAGGGGCUGACACUGCAGCAACUCCGAAUCAAGAAUCCUGGCCAGGGAUUGGACUGGACAGCUGAUGCUGUGUGGGCUCACGUGGACACCAUCAUCAAGGUCUUUAAGGAGAAAGGCCUUCCUGCUCCCAUCGUUUACAUCCACAACCAUGACUUCAACGGUAUGGCUGGCCACACAGGAGCUGAGCUCUUCCGCAAAGCCCAACAGGCCAAUUUCAGCACCUUGGUGAUUGACGGCGCACCACGUAAGAACGGUACUCACAAUGACAACACAGUGCUUCUUGCCAGCUUGAAUUUGGAUGCCGCGCAAAAGGCAGCCUUGGCAGAGUACAACCACAACCAGCAGAUGAUUGAGAAUCUGAUCUGCCGAUUUGAUAGCCGCACGUCGCAAAUGACCCCUUGGGACUCUGAUUGGGCAGGUGGCACUGAAGGCUCCGACAUCCGCAUCGCCAAGGAGUACUCCUUGGAUGUGCGGAAGAUCAAUGAUGCCAAGGAGAUUGCCAGUGAAGUCUUCCCCCUUGAGAGGGCAGUGACGCCAUUCUCCGAGUACAAGCUGCGACUGGGCAUUGCACUCAUGAUCGAGCCAGGAAUCGAACCCAAGACGGCCGACUCGGUGCGGAAGUGGGUCAAUGGCGGCGGCAAGCUGAAAGUCGGAGGAGAUGUCCUCGUUGGUUUGAAGCGCUGGGAGACCUUGACAGAAAAGACUCCGGAAGUGGACCAGCUCUUGAAGAAUAUGCCUGAGGAAUUGGAAGCCGCUCUUGGUCAGAAAUCCAAGCUCAUUGGACCUGCAGAUCUUCCCUCUGACCUUACUGCGGCCCAGCGUCACACAGCUUUGGGAUUCCAGCAGAAGGGCUUGGAGUUUACCAAAGCACAGGCCAAGGGCACGGACUUGACACCUUUGCUCCUGGCCCCGGAAGUCUUGCACAGUGCUCCGAAGUCCCUUCGAGCUGGCACCAAGUUCCAGGUGCUCAUGGACAAGCUGGAUGGCAAGUUGCCCAAGAAGGAAGAGAUCAAAUUUGUCGGCUUCGGCCUCGCACCUGGAGUGGCCUCUGGACCUGAAAGCCUCGGUAGAGAUUUGGUCUUGAGCUUUUUGCAUGAAGGUCAGACCGUGCAGGUCCAAUUGCCAGAUCCCGAUGCAGCAGCCAGUGCGGCUGCAACUGCCGGAGGAAACCGAAAGGCAACACCAGGCAACAAGCUGGAGGUCCCCACCGUUGUCCCUGGAGAGGUGCUUUCCUAUGCUGUCAAGGUGGGUGACACAUUGAAGAAGGGCCAGAUCUUGUGCGUCCUCGAGUCAAUGAAGAUGGAAAUGAAAAUCCCAGUGCCUGAUGAACUAGAUGGAUUGGUCGUCAAGGAUCUGCCAUGCAAAGGGCGCACCAAAGAGAAGCAAGGCGACAUCCUGGCGCCAGGUGACCUGAUGGUGGAGCUACAGGAGAACUAA